UUCCACCCAGGAUGUCGAGAUGCGUCGCUACAGGCCCGAAUACCACCGCACCCGAAGCCGCUGCUCAAAAUCAGGACAGUUUUUCUCACAUUUUUCGAAGCUGGUGUCAUGGGGUUGUACCAUAUAAAACAGUGUCAGGCUUGUCGACGCCAAUUUCAUUCACGCGGCGCUCGCACAAACAUGUGGACACUCAGCAGCUGUGCUCAGCUCGCCGUCGCUCUCGCUUUCGUGCAACCGGUCUGCCAUGCCCUCGCUCCGAGCGGGCCCUGGGACAAAUUUAAUUACGCGCCGGCUUCGAAGAUCGUCCGGCCGGUUUCUGUCCGCACCGUCAGCGGCCAAGUCUUGGGAGCGAGCGGUCUCGUUAAACAAGCAGAGGCCCAGGCAACCUUUCAAAGAAAUGGCUCAUAUGUCGUUCUCGACUGGGGCAAAGAGGCGAGUGGUCUAAACACGAUGGCAGCGCUGAUUACUGACGCAGCCUCAGGUCGGGGGAUCCUGUCUCUGACGGUCAACAGCGCGACCCAGCGCUCGCAAUUCUCCCUGUCUUUCACCGAAUCAGCGGAGUUCAUCAGCCCGCACAACUCUGACGACUCGUGCCAAGUUUCUCCUCUCCACAACUUCGACGGAGUCCAGUCAUUCCGGGCCCCACUACCCGUGGGUUUGAUCACGCAGACUGUCGGACAGCAGAGGGGCGGAUUCCGCUUCUUGACCAUCGUUGCUGAUGGCGCGGAUCCUCUGACCAUUUCGAACAUUUCGCUGGCUCUGACGUUCAUGCCCCAUUGGGACGAUCUCAGGGCUUACCCGGGAUACUUCUUCGCACCUGACCCAGAAUUUCACGACAUCAACUUCUUGACGAAGAUCUGGUACGCAGGCGCGUAUACGGUCCAGACAAACACGAUUGAUUCCCAUCAAGCACGAUUGCAACCGUGCUCGCCAUCAGGUGGCUGGUCGAAUGAUGCCUCGGGAGGUCCUGUAACUGGGCCUAUCCUCGUCGAUGGAGCCAAACGCGACAGGAAUGUCUGGCCAGGCGACUGUGGAAUCUCCACACAUACAGAACUGGUCGCCCUGAACGACUUGGAGCCGACAAAGAACUCGCUUACAGUCAUGUUCUCCACGCAAGACCACGUCACUGGCGCGCUGAACUACUCUGGGCCGCCAAUCAAUGCACAGGGAAGCGACACGUACAUCUCCUGGUCGCUUAUCGGGACCCACAACUACCUCCUGUACACGGGAGACCUUGAUUUCGUGAAGUUUGUCUGGCCGAACUACACCAAGGCGCUCGAUUUCCUCGAAAGGCAAGUAGACUCGACGGGCCUUGCCAACGUUCCAACUGCAUUCUCGAACGACUGGGGAAGGGACGGCGGCGCGGGGCACAACUCGGCGGCGAACGCGCUUCUGUAUCAGACCCUUGUCACGGCUGCAGACCUCGCAGCCCAUCUGGGAGACCUCUCUCUUGCCGCUGCGUAUCUCGCCAACUCGACCAGAAUCAAAGCAGCUUUCAAUGCAUUGCUUUGGGAUGCGGCCGCCGGGAUGUUCCGCGACAACGAUCUGCCCGGUAGUAUUCAUCCUCAGGAUGGGAAUGCCCUGGCAGUUUUAUUCAACCUCACGACAUCUGAUGCGCAGAACAAAGCUGUCAGCAGCGGUCUAACCAAGUUCUGGACGCCAAUUGGGCCACUUAGUCCAGAGCUGAACGACACAAUCAUUCCGUUUGUUGGUGGCUUCGAGAUCCAAGCGCAUUUCAUAGCCGGUGAGGGUGAGCGCGCGCUUGAUCUCAUCGAACGCGAGUGGGGUUACAUGCUUUACACCAAUCUGAGUGUGGAAUCCACCCUGCUUGAAGGUUUCACAGCCAACGGAUCGCUCGGAUAUCGUGCCUCGGCGGGCUACGACUUGGAUCACAGUUACACGAGCCAUUCGCACGGAUGGUCCACAGGACCUACUUCGGCUCUCACUUUCUACCUGCUGGGAAUUCAGCUUAAGUCUCCUCUGGGAGCUACGUGGACCAUAUCCCCUGUCCUCAGUGGUCUCCCCUCGGCGGAAGGCGGGCUGGAAACAGCAAUUGGUUUCUUUGGUGUGAAAUGGACCGUCCAGGGUCAUACUCUCACAGUGCGGCUGCAAACACCAACUGCGUCAAAUGGAACGGUUUCGCUGCCGGGAGUGGGCCCGCUUACUGUUGAUGGGCAUAAAAAGUCCUCAUCCUCAGGGUUAGUCAGCCUUGAUGGAGGCAGCCAUGUUGUCAUUCGACGAUUGAGCUCCUAAUGGAGCUAGCUAGUCUUGUUACUCAGAUUUAAGACCUGGAGGCAAUAACAAAUCACAAUCAUCUGUUCGUCGUCCAUGUGUUCUCCGUGGUGAUUCUACGACAGAAAAUUUGAGCUCUAGCAACCCUUGCUGGAGAAUCCCAGUCAUCCGAUGCCGACGGUGUUUGGACAAUCCAUACUGGAGAGAGUUGAAAAUCAAGAACGGGAUUCUUCAGGAGUGUUCUCGGGAUCGAAAGGAUGGCUACAAACCACGACAUGGACAAGCUUGGCGGUAACCCAUCGAUUAGGGUCAGAACCGUUGGAGUUGCACGUGCCCGGUCCGGACACGCCGGAUCCGACAGGAAGCUCCACACGGCACACGAGCUGAAGUUCUGCAUGCACCCUGCGCUCGCUCUGCCCGAAGUCACCGACCACAUCACAUCUUAUGUUACCUCUCAACAUGAUCUCAAGACAUCGACCUACAUGUCACCCGCCUUUCGGACUUCCGCCCAACGAUCGCUUUUCGCCGCUAUCGACCUAUCCCAGAGCUCGAGUCCAGAUCUGAGCCACAGCAAGGCGCUUGCCAGAUGUCGGCGUCUUCGCGAGGUGCUAGACGGAGCCCCGUGGCUGGCGGGAUAUGUGCGGAAGCUGGUCAUGAGCCUUGAUACUAUUGGAGAUGCGAGAGACGAGCCGUCGCCGAGAUGGCGCUUCGACAACCUGCACACCUUGGAGCUCCGAUCUAAUGCUGAAAACGGAUCUCAUGUGGGCGCGGGGAUCUUUCCCUUCCCACCGCCCGUGGGCUUGCCAGGCGUGCGGGUGAUCAAACUCGCUGGUGUCAGCUUUCAAACGACCGGGCUGCGCGACCUGUUCUCAAAGAGGACGACACCGUUGGAGACGCUUUCGAUGAUGGACGUCCAAAUUACCUUACCGCUCGCUCCUCCCGCUACUGUCCCUCCCGCUCCACGUGUCGCGGUCAAGACUCUGGAGCUGAUAUCGACGUACACCGGUGGCCAGGAUCCCGAAUGGCUCACCCGCCUGGAUCUCUUCCCUUUCGACCUCUCCACUCUCGAGGAUCUCACAAUCACGUGCCCGAUACUACCGAGUGUCCUCCGUGGAGUCAUCGACCCAUCGCGCAAGACUUUGCGCAAGCUCAACAUCGAUGCCCGUGACUACGACCCGGUUCUGCAGCUGACAUCGCUCCCUGCGCUGACUACCCUGGACGUCUUCGCCGGCAUCGGCGGCGCCCGCUCCGUCGGCACCGUGCUCGCCUCCCUCUCCGACUCCGCGGCGUCCCCGGCCCCGGACUCCUCGCCCCUGCAGUUGGCCUCGCUGCAAAUCCGCAUGUCCAUCAUGGGCACCCUCGACGAGCCGUCGUUCUACGCGCUGGACGACUGGAUCGCCGAUGCGCCGCUUCCUGCGCUCAGGCGGGUGCAUAUAUCCAUCAGCCGCGUCUACUUGCCGUGGACCUCCGGCCCCGAGUUCCCCGCGUACUUCGUGAGGAGGAUGGCCGGGAUGCGGGUUAUGUUUCCGAGGCUCAAUGAGCGGCAUAAGCAGAGCGACGAGUUUCUCUGGUGCAGCUAUGUCAACUUCAAAGAGCAAGUGUUUGUCUGAUCAAUCCACUGUACUUGUGAAAUAGAUACAUAGGAUCCUCCGCGCUUUCUGUUUCUUGAAGAACGAACCUCGUAAGGUGGUGCAGAAGCAUUUUGUGUCGAAUCGAUCUGCUUUUCGGGCGCUCGCACAACGAGUGACAUUCCGUGUGAGGAGCAAGCGAGUUUGGACUCACGGGCUUCAGAAAUCCUGUCAACUCUCGAAAUGCACCAGAAAAGGAUCUCAAAAGGCAAGGGAUAUGGCGCCGUGCUAAGAUGGGACAGCCUUGCUGUGACAAUCUGGUGCCAAGUACACGAGUCUCACUCGUGUAUCUAGAGUCGAAAAAUCAGUAUUCGAAUCCUCUAUUGAAUAUUUGUAGAUAUCUUCGAAAAGAUUCUGGUAGUCCCGGAUCAUUGGCGCUGCUCUUAUUUGCGUAAAAGAGAAAUUUAUUCCCAAAGGGUCGUGGCUGAUGAAUGGCCACGAUACGAUCA